CCGUUGACGCAUACAGCAGGAUUACCGUACCGCCAUUGACGAGUCGCGAACCCUCUGGGACACCUGCUUGGACACACCUGUACACCUCACUGGGUUGCCUGACCUCUUAUUACGGUGAUCAAUGGCAUUCCUCUUCAACCGUUCAAGAACAAAGUCUCCUCAGGACCUUGUAAGAUCUCUACGAGACAGCAUUCACCGCCUAGACAGUCCUGCCGACAAGCGAAGGGCGCAAGAUGAGGUAUCCAGGGGACUUGCGCAGAUGAAGGUCAUUCUCUACGGGGAUGGAGAUGCUGAACCACUACCAGAUCAAUUCGCGGCACUUUGCCAGGAGUCCUACGCAACCGACCUCCUACCCCUCCUCGCACUCAAUAUCUGGCGUUUCGAGUUCGAAGCACGAAAAGACGUGACCUCCAUCUUCAACACAAUGCUCAGACGUCAACUCGGUCAGCGAUAUCCCACAGUUGACUACCUGUGCGGCAAAGAAGAUACUUUGUUUGCGUUGAUAAAGGGGUACGACAACAAAGAUAUCGCGCUUAACUGCGGACAAAUGCUGCGGGAGUGCAUCAAAUUCGAGUCGUUAGCGAAGAUCAUGCUGUUUUCGGAUUAUUUCUGGAUGUUUAUCGGCUAUGUGGAGAACGGGAACUUUGACAUCACCAGUGAUGCCUUCUCAACAUUCAAGGAGCUACUCACCCGGCACAAAUCCCUCGCAGCAGAGUUCCUCCUCCAGAACUACGACAUCUUCUUCGCCAAACUCACCGCCCUCAUCGAGUCAGAGAACUAUGUCGUUAAACGCCAAUCCCUGAAGCUCCUCGGCGAGAUCCUUCUCGAUCGAGCGAACUUUGCGGUCAUGACACAGUAUAUCGCGAGUGCUGAGAACCUGAAGUUGAUGAUGAUCCUCCUCAAGGACAGGAGUAAGAACAUCCAAUUCGAGGCAUUCCACGUAUUCAAGGUGUUCGUCGCAAACCCCAACAAAACCCCCCAAGUCCAGAAAAUCCUCGUGAAGAACCGGGACAAGCUCCUGGUCUUCCUCUCGGGCUUCCAUAAUGACAGAAAGGACGAUGAGCAGUUUAACGACGAGAAGGUUUUUUUGAUCAAGCAGAUUGAGGUGCUUUGAAGGGGAGGAGACAGAGAGAAGAGAUGUACGAUACCAAUGAAUACCUAUUACCGAGGCGUGGUUAUGAGGAGGUAUGCUGGGUUGAGGAGCAUUAUGGACACUGUUUCUUGAUAUAUAGCUAAUUAUGGCAUUCCGAGCACGCUAUUAGCGUUGAUAUGGAGGAGACGGUCGGCUUGCCUGCUCAUCGGGGUGUGCGUGUUGCUUGAGCUUAGUGGACGAGAUAAUUGAGCGUUGAAGGGAGUGUUUACAGUUGUUCUCAGGCAUACGCUUGUAACUGUGAUGUCUCAUCUUUGGCGAGAUCCAACAG